GAGAAGCCGCUCCACGUGCAGCUGCUGUAUGGAACCCCGUGGUGACAAUCAUUAUUACUACUUCUAUUUCCCUGGGUUGACACAGUUGUUCUGCAGAUCAGAACGAAGGGGUUUCUGGAGUCACGCCACUGCCACUAAAGACAGCAUUUCUGCAAGAUCUACUGCUUAAAGCAAUAAACAAAAAUGGCCAGAGGAUCUGUGUCCGAUGAAGAAAUGAUGGAACUCAGAGAAGCUUUCGCCAAAGUUGACACCGAUGGCAAUGGCUACAUCUGCUGCAAUGAGUUGAAUGACUUGUUCAAGGCUGCUUGCUUGCCUCUGCCUGGAUACAGAGUGAGAGAAAUCGCAGAAAACCUGAUGGCAACAGGUGAUCUGGACCAGGACGGGAAGAUCAGCUUUGAUGAGUUUAUCAAGGUUUUUCAUGGCCUAAAAAGCACCGAGGUUGCCAAGACCUUCCGAAAAGCAAUUAAUAAAAAGGAAGGGAUUUGUGCCAUCGGAGGCACCUCUGAGCAAUCUAGCGUUGGCACCCAGCACUCAUACUCAGAGGAGGAGAAGUAUGCCUUUGUCAACUGGAUAAACAAAGCCCUGGAAAAUGACCUUGACUGCCGGCACGUCAUCCCAAUGGACCCAAAUACAGAUGACCUCUUCAAUGCUGUUGGGGAUGGCAUCGUCCUUUGUAAAAUGAUCAACCUGUCAGUGCCAGACACAAUUGAUGAGAGAACAAUCAACAAGAAGAAACUCACCCCAUUCACCAUACAGGAAAAUCUGAACCUGGCUCUGAACUCUGCCUCAGCUAUCGGAUGCCACGUGGUUAACAUCGGGGCUGAAGACUUAAAAGAAGGCAAACCUUACCUGGUGCUGGGGCUUCUGUGGCAAGUCAUCAAGAUUGGACUGUUUGCCGAUAUUGAACUCAGCAGAAAUGAAGCUCUGAUUGCUCUUUUGAGAGAAGGGGAGAGCUUGGAGGAUUUGAUGAAACUUUCGCCGGAGGACCUCUUACUGAGAUGGGCUAAUUACCACCUGGAAAACGCUGGGUGUAACAAGCUCACUAACUUCAGUACCGACAUUAAGGACUCAAAGGCUUAUUACCACCUGCUUGAGCAGGUGGCUCCAAAAGGCGAUGAAGAAGGCAUCCCUGCCGUUGUCAUUGACAUGUCAGGACUGAGGGAGAAGGAUGACAUCCAGAGGGCAGAAUGCAUGCUGCAGCAGGCGGAGAGGCUGGGCUGCCGGCAGUUUGUCACGGCCACAGAUGUUGUCCGAGGGAACCCCAAGUUGAACUUGGCUUUCAUUGCCAACCUCUUUAACAAAUAUCCUGCCCUGCAUAAACCAGAGAACCAGGACAUCGACUGGGGAGCUCUUGAAGGUGAGACGAGAGAAGAGCGGACAUUUAGGAACUGGAUGAACUCCUUGGGCGUUAACCCUCGGGUCAACCAUUUGUACAGUGAUUUAUCCGAUGCCCUGGUCAUCUUCCAGCUCUAUGAAAAGAUUAAAGUCCCCGUUGACUGGAACAGAGUAAACAAACCACCGUACCCCAAACUGGGGGGCAAUAUGAAGAAGCUCGAGAAUUGCAACUAUGCGGUUGAACUGGGGAAGAACCAAGCUAAGUUUUCCCUGGUUGGAAUUGGUGGACAAGAUCUCAAUGAAGGAAACCGCACUCUGACCUUGGCUUUGGUUUGGCAGUUAAUGAGAAGGUAUACACUGAAUAUUCUUGAAGAAAUCGGAGGUGGGCAGAAGGUCAACGAUGACAUUAUUGUCAACUGGGUGAAUGAAACAUUGAAGGAAGCAGGGAAAAGUUCCUCCAUCUCAAGUUUUAAGGAUCCGAAGAUUAACACAAGUCUGCCAGUCCUGGAUCUCAUUGAUGCCAUCCAACCCGGUUCCAUCAACUAUGACCUUCUGAAGACAGACAGCCUGAAUGAUGAUGAGAAACUCAACAAUGCAAAGUACGCCAUCUCUAUGGCACGAAAAAUUGGAGCAAGAGUGUAUGCCCUGCCAGAAGAUCUGGUUGAAGUGAACCCUAAGAUGGUGAUGACAGUGUUUGCCUGCCUCAUGGGGAAAGGAAUGAAGAGGGUGUGAAGCUCAGUGACAUGGCCCUGGAGACAACUGGCUCAUUAUUCGCGUCUCAUCCGAGGAUGCCUGUAGGAAACCUGGCGAUGGCUUGAGCCACUCCAGAGUUUUCAACGUGGUGGCAUUGUGAAAUUUUCAAAAAAUUGUGUAUAGCCAAUUUACUUCUAUUGUAUUUAACAUAAAAAGUGUCCCUUCUUUGCAAACAAAAAAAAAACUAUUACAUAUAUUUUUAUCAUUGAAUUUAUAGCUCCUUUGAAAAUCUAGAUUUUAAAAAUUUAUUUUCCAGAUAACCCUCUAGGCUUUAGUAUAGAAACUUUAAUAAGGUUUACUUUAGCAUAAAAAGUCAAAUCUGAUUUAUUUAAGCCUGUUUAAUUUGGCUAGAGAAAUAGCAGCAGACAAUCGUCUCCCAGUCUAGAUCCCCAAUGUCUGAUUGCAUCCUGCUUUCUUUCUAGCUCCUUUCUUCUCCCUACAUCUCCCUGUGCCUUUGCUCUCUGGCGAGUUCUCUGGAGACUCUUUUUGUGUCCCCUUCUGCUGAGCAUCCCUGUCUCUGGGUUAUUAGGGACAUCACAAAUCUAGGAGAUGGUUGAGGUCCCCGAAGUCUCCGAUAACCUGCAGAAGUGAACAUUAGAGAUUUCCUUAAGAAAAUCCCUAAAUGUCAACACUUUCAUUUUUCUUUUUAUUGCUUUUUAUUCCCAUUGAGGAAUCCCUCUGUUUUUAAGCCUACAUUUUAGACUCAGGCCAGAUCUUCUAAUGUCUUUGAAUACUGUGCCUUCAGAUGGUCAACCCAGAGAGGAGGGUGUAGCUGAGUAGCAUGUGCCACAAGGGGGCAGCGUGGAGCCAUAGUGAAGCAUCCUUCUGGGCGCGGCCUCCAGAUGUACUUUGUGCUUUGUGAUACACCUAGUUCCUGGGGUAUGGCUAAAUAUCUGGUGACUGGAGACAAUCCUGCUCUUGUUCUCAUUAGCUAUUAAAUAGUGUGUCUGAUUACUACCAGGCCAUAUUAUCAUUGUUUACUUCUGUGGCACUUUAGGAGCUUUUCAUCAUCUCCAACCUCUCAAAGAAAAAGUUGUGCCAAUAAAUAACAUAUCCCAAACCGCAGCCCAAACCCCAGACACACAUAGACCCACAAUUGUAACCAAAUAUCACGUGAAAUAAGGACUGAAGGAGCUAUAAUUUACAAACAGCUAUAAACUAGAGGGUAUUUAAAGAAUUUGGAAGCAAAUCAGAGGGACAGUGUAAACUGGAGAGGCCCCGGCAGUCGCCUCCCUGAAAACCUGCCCCAGACGAUGGCAAACCACCCCUGGACUUCCUCUUCUCAUGAGUGAAGUAUCUUUUGGAGGAGAGGCAUGAAAUGGAAAUUUAGCCUUCUUUAUUUUCUCUCCAAGCUUUUUCCAUGAAAAGCACCACCCAGGUCCUUUGGCACUGGGCCAGUCCUUGGCUCUGGGCUCAGAAGGUGGAUUGGUGGCUUCUCUGAGUCUGUGGCCUUUAUGUGUGCAGCAUAUGAAUGCAACAUGGUGGCCUUUACCUUCAUCUGAAUGUAAUGUAACAUUUGCCUCCAGGAAGAGUGUUACUGGGUUAGUGAAAAACAAAGAUUAAAAAAAAAAAAAAAACUCCUCCAGAUCUUU